UGUGUUUGGAUCACCUGUCAGGGAGCUAGCUUUAGGAGGUUAGCUUCUCCAUGCCCACUUGCCCAGACACAGGAGUGGCAUUUUGGCAAUGGAUUCGCUUUUGAAUAUAAGCGCCGUAUAUGUCGCAAUCUAUGCGGACAGAUACCUCAGUAACUUCAUGGCUUUACCUGCGGGCAUAAAAGACACGCUGCUACGAAUCAUGUCAUCACAGGGCACGGUGACCGACCUAAACAUCAGCCAGCUGAUGCAUCUUGGGACACACAAGCUGGACAUGGUGAACUGCAGAGUGUCUGACUCCGCCCUGCAACAGAUCCGCUGUCCGCAGCUCCGGACGAUCCUUCUGCGAGGCCAACCCAGCAUCACCUCAGAUGGUGUGAGGACCCUGGCGGCCUCCUGCCCAGGCCUGCAGGUCGUGGAUCUGACCGAGUGUGCUGCAGUGACCGAUGAAGGGGUCCUGGCGCUGGCCCACGGCUGCAGUUCGCUGGAGGUCCUCUCCCUCUGGGGCUGCUCUGCUGUGGGAGACGCCGCCCUGCUGGCACUGGCAGGAAACUGCAGGCUUCUCCAUAGCCUCAAUCUCUCGGGAACCCAGGUUACAGAUGAGGGUGUCAUUGGGCUGGCUACUGCACCGUGCUCUAAUAGUUUGAAGGAACUCCAGUUGGCCCGAUGUCGUAACCUGACAGGCAAGGCCGUGAAGGCUGUCCUUACAAACUGCCCCAACGUCCGGAUCUUUACCUUCGAUGGAUGUCCUCUCAUCACUGCCAUGGACAUCAUAGAUCCCAUCUUGGGCAUAGCGGAGAAGCUCUACUCUCUAUGUGGUGAAGUGAAAGCCAACAAGAAGCGAUGUCAGCGUUUGGGUAUGCGCGUAAAAGCCUUGGAAGAGCUGGUGAGGGCGGUAAAGAUGAAGGGGCUGGGGGAAUACCCUGCCCAUGUGGAGAACGGCCUGAGUGAGCUCAAAUUCACCUUAGAAUCUGCCCAGGAUGUGGUUAAGAAAUAUGCCAGUGCCAGCUACCUGAAGCGCAUCCUGAAGGCCUACGACCAGGGAGAUGAUUUUGAAAGUUUGAAUGAGCGCUUGAACGAUGCAGCUCAGGUGCUCUCGCUUGCCCUGCAGGUGGACCAGAGACAGAAGCUACAGCAGGUGUUUCAAGAGGCGACACGAUGGAGAGAGGAUGAGGAAGACAGAGAGAUUGAUUGUCUGGAGCUGCAAAAAUUGCUACAGUCUCUGGCGGAGGGCAACAAGGAAAGAUUGGACACAAUGCAUGAGAAAAUGGACUCCACCAAAAAGGAUGUGAAAGACAUCAAAGCAAUGUUGGAAACCUUACAGAAGCCCAGCAUUUUAAUUCAAGACAUCAGAGAGAUCAAACCAGAGGAGCUGACCUAUGACAUGCCCAAAGAGCCCAUAUUAAAAAAUGACAACUCAGUUUUGUACAAAGGAGAGUAUAACAAAUUCACAGUAGCCAUCAAAAGAUACACCUACCCAAGGAGCACAAGCCCAAGUCAGCUGAGAAGCAUCUUCAAAAAGGAGGUGGAGACUAUGAAGCGCUUUGAGUCGCCAAACAUCCUGCGAAUGUUUGGGAUCUGUGUCCAGCAAGAGGGCGGUCCCAAUCCAAACUACCUUAUUGUGAUGGAGUUUUGUGAGAAGGGCAGUCUAAGAGAGGUGCUGGAUUCCCAAAGUAAGCUGCCCUGGGACAGAAAGGCCCGCAUGAGUCUGGAUGCAGCACAAGGCCUUUACAGAUUACACCAGUCUGAGAAGAAGUUUCAAGUGCACGGAUGCAUCAACAGCAGAAAGUUCCUAGUAGAUACCGGGUACAGAGUGAAGCUAGGAGGUUUGGAGCUGGUGAAAACAGAGACUUCGUUGAAGAAGUCUAAGGACCGGAAGAGCUGCUCCUUAUGCUGCAGCUCCUUAUGCUACAGCUCCCCGGAGCAGCUUGAGAAUAUCAACAACCCCUACAACAAAGCCUGUGAGAUGUACAGUUUUGGCAUUGUCCUGUGGGAGAUUGCAACCCGCGAGAUUCCCUUCAGAGACUGCUUACCAGAAGAGGUGUUAAAGAGGGUGAGUAAAGACAAAUAUACUGAACCUCUUCCUGAAGACUCCCCAAAACAGUUGGGAGAGCUGAUCAACGCCUGUCGCUCCUAUGACAGCUUCCACAGGCCAACGGCAGGAGUGUUGGUGGACAGGCUCCGCAAAGUGGUGGAGCAGUUAGAGGAGGACUAACAGAGUUUCCUCUCCAGAGUUCGCAGAAACUAGGCUGGAGAAGAGGAUUAACAAGAACAGUUCCAGUUUCAGCUCCAGUUUAAAGACAUCAACUGACCGCCCCAAAUUCAUCAUGGGAUGAACAACACCACACCAACAGACGGUUGAUCAAGUGCCUGUGAUGUCAUUUAAGCCUAGUGCAUUCUUACAUCAUUAGUCAGGAAUAACUUUGAUUGAAACUGUGAAAUGAUAUGCAAUUGAUUUGACAAACUAUUAAAGAAACACCAUCAAAUGUUUGCUACUAUGGUUCAAAGCUUUGAAAAUAAAAUAUUUAAUAAUGAA